CGUCAAUUCCAUUUAGUUGAUCGCACGAACAUUGUUUGAUGAAUGAACCAGAAUAACCUCAGCUUGACUACAGACCACGAUCUUACCCACCUAAUUCUCGUCAUCAGAACUCCAGUAUUCAUCUUCUUCACUAGCCUGUCUCUCGGACUCAGUUCCAUCCUCGUCGUCGCUAUUAGCAGCGUACCUGCGAGCCCGAACGCUCCGUCCAUCAUUGAUGUUCUUCUCGUACUUAUUCCCAUCAUCCUUUGCAUCGCUCGACUCUUCACUAGAGCUACUGUCGCUAUCAUCGUUGUAGUCCGCAGCGUGUGCUUCAGCGUGUGCUUCAGCGUCCUGUACGCGCUCGAUUUGACGUCUUCAACAGAAUCAGCACAUGCUACAACGACCCUACAAGGUUGUGCGUACUCAAGCUCGGUGAUAUCUUCGUUCCACUUCGCUACGUCUUCCAUCCGUUUGUCGGCUUCAUUCUCUACGCCUUCGUGGACACCGCCAGUCCAUUGUCCGUUCCACUCGUAGCGACGGUUUGCUUCACUGUAUACGAUGCCGGGUCAGACUUUGUGUCUUCAUUGGAAUGUGUAAGGUCAUACUCUAGAGCCCAGCCUCGAGCUUCACGGGCGUUCUGGAGUCGCACCCCCUUGCUGUCAUGAUUGUCUUCCUCAUCAGGAGAAUAAUUCUCCCCAUCAGCGUCCACGUCAUCGCCGUACCUGUAGCGACGGCGAGCUCGUGCGCCGUUUUCUUGGGUGAUCUUGUAGGCUUCGUGCUCCCGAGUGCGAGGGUCGUCGACAUCGUAGCCGUCGCUGUCGCUAUCACUG